AUGGAACGGCAAUUCAAAAAUAACUAUCAUAAGAAGCUAUGGUCAAAUCAAUCUGUUUGCACUGUUUCACAUCAUUCUGUAUCUCGUAAAUGUCUAGGUAUUCAUCAUUACCUGAGUGCAUUCAACUUCCUGAUCCUUCUAAUCAGUGUUAGAGCUUACCUGAAUCGUAAUGACUUGACAAGUGAAAGAGACAGCAGCAAUAUGCCAUUUGUUAAUGUGAAGUAUUGCCCAACCAUGUCCCAUCAUCAGUCUGGUCGCAAUCUGCUACUUAUCUUUUCAAUAAAGGACCUCCUGAAUUUCAAUCACCUGUUACAAAGUGUUGAUGAGAUCGAAGAAUAG